UAUUAUAGCGAGAUGGAAAAACCUGAUAAUUAAUUCCGAGCACGGGGCUCCAUUUCAACAGGCGCAACCCGGCAUGACUCUAUUUGGAAGACCGGCACUUCCAUUUUCCACCGGAAAAAUGUCAAAAUUGAUAGCAUACUCCUUCUUUGCAUCUCUGCUAUUCAUACUUCAAUUUUCUUCUCCAGUAUUAUCUAUCAGGAGGGAUGUUAGUCUUCAAAACACAUAUACCUGUAGAACUACCGUUCAAGGAAGAUAUUUGAUUGCCGAUGAUAUGGGUCAAGUCUGUGAUGCACUCUCCAUUGAUCCCCAUACUCGCUGCUGCCGUGGGAAAUCAGAGCGAUUCUCUUGCAAUGGUUGUAAUCUCGUUUCACAAUGUUGCGAUUCCUAUGAAUUUUGUGUCUCUUGCUGUUUGAAUCCGUCCAGGACACAAAAGGAUCUGGCGGUAAAUGUGAAGAUAUCUAAGCCCAUAACAGCAGGGAUGUAUUCAAGUAUUUUUGAUUUUUGUACAGGAAGAUGUCGUCAUAAUUCGGAAAGUGUGGUUCAUGAAAACGCUUAUCUCAGUGAAUUUCAUCAUUGUUUUUCUAUACCGUCUAAUUCUUCUUCUGGCGGUGGUUCUGGUGUACAAACUGAAGUGAGGUUGGCUGGUAUAAAUGUUGUGAUAGGAAGACAAGGUGAAUCGUGUGAUUCGGUGUGUAAAUCUAGUGGUCAGUCUUGUGUUCCGAACAAAUUUGUGUUGCUUAAUCAGUGUGAAACGAUGCAUAAGUACUUGAGCUGUAAAGGUGGAUGUUUGGCAAGUGUUGGAGCUGAUCAGCCUGCUGAAGUAAUUGAUGAUGCUCCCAGAGAUUUGAACCCUGGAGCCUGCUUGUACACCUCGCAAGUGUCCGUGCUAUCUUGUGAUGGUUCGCAUCAGCAUACGAAGAGGCUAUGCCCCUGCGCGUAGUGUGGUGAAUUUCCCUCCUCCAUAUUUUUUCAAUAUAUGUGUCUUACUUUCAUUUUAGUCUGUUUUGGAAACAAUGUCACUUUAUAUAUUUAGUAAUUCUUUUAACUCCAACAUCCAACACGAUAUAUUUAAGACCAUAAGAUUGAAAAGUAUUCCUAGCUUUUUCAAAAUUUUGUGCCAGUCAAACUAAGAUACAUAUAGUUCCUUAGGUUUAUGAGAAGUUAGUGAGGAAUCUCAUUUUAGAUUGUUGAAUUCCUUGUCAUUAGACUCACAGUUUAUCCAUGACUAAGAUGUACUUACUGUCGCCUAAGGAUGUCCUCAUUAAGGUUCUGAAGCGACAAUUUCAGAUGAUGCUCUGCAAUGCCUUCGAAGUUUGUUGGGUCUUUAAAGUUUUCAAAUAUUUAUGGACAAGUUGGUUGUUUUUUCUGGUUUUCUUUCAUAUUUGGAUUUAUUUAUUUUACUUAGAGCAGCUUAUCGAUCUUAAUAUUUACAAGCUUGGGUAUGAUCGUAACUUCUCCUUUCAUGUAAGCUUUGUAAUGUACAUCUACAUUGGAGGCCCCUUCAUUUCCUUGCAUAUUGUCCACCAAAUGCAUGUUGGAGUUGGAGUUUGUGCCCCUUUCUGUUUCUUACUGAUGCCUCAUCCAUUCCAACUGAGUGGAAACUCUUGGAAGUCCUUUCUUUUAUGAGAUUAUUGAAUGAUUGGGAGAUAGUAAGAGUUACAAAGUUCUUCAAUGUGUUGGAAAACUUCAAAGGGACAACUGAUAAUGAAGAUUUCAUGAUUUGGAAUAAUAAUGUACGAAGGGAUGCAUAGUUAAUUCAGCAUGCAACAUAUUAAGCUCUACUGAUCAACAAAAUACAUGCUGGCCUUGGAGGAAUAUUAGUCAAAGUUCCUUUUAAAGUAAUAUGUUUCUCCUCGUUGAUGGUCAGAAAACAUGCUUAACUUGUGGAAAUCUGCCAAGAAGGGGAAUCCGGUUAAGCUCAAGAUGCUUCCUAUUCAGGAGAAUGUAGAAAAUUAUAGCCAUUUGCUUUUGCACUGUAAAAUGACAGGUUAGUUGUGGCAGAUCUUUUUGAGUAAGAUUGGCCUGAAAUAGGUCAUGCCAGAGCCUAAACUUUUAUGCUGGAGCAAUGUGGGGGCAGGGGAAGGCAGAAGAAGUGGUGAAAGUCUAUUAUAGCUUGUAUAUAGUGAACUGUAUGGAGAGAGAGAGAGAAAUGCAGGUGUUUUAAAACAGGAGCAGCUCUUUACAGAGAAUUACGAUAAAUUGUAUUCAGUCUUUGUAUUUUUGGUGUAAAGAAAACUAUGUAGAGGAUACUGAAUCAAUGCUAGUGUUUUCUUUGUAGCAA